AUGAACGACUGGUUGCCCCCUGCGCUCUUACCGAAAUGGCUCCUUCUGGUAGGCGCUGUGGCCGCCUUGAAUGGAGCGCAGAACUUUAUGAACCCUGUGUUUAGCCGCAAAGUGUAUGCAUCAAAGACCGGACACAAGGAGGCCACGGCGUUGGCCGCUCGCUUGUUUGCUAUUUGGAACUGGACCUCGGCGAUUGUGCGCCUGUAUACGGCGUACAAUAUGCACGAGCGUGGCGCCUACCUACUGUGCCUGGGCACCUUUGUCAUUGCUUGUGUCCACUUUGUCUCGGAGAUGCUCUUCUUUGGCACGCUGGCCCUCGCGCCAGGCUCGCUGAGUCCCAUUGUCGUGGCUAUUCCAUUGUGGCUAUGA